AUGAAUCCUGAAUAUGACUACCUGUUCAAACUUCUUCUGAUCGGUGACUCUGGAGUCGGAAAGUCAUGUCUGCUGCUGCGCUUCGCGGAUGACACCUACACCGAGAGCUACAUCUCCACCAUCGGAGUCGACUUCAAGAUCAGAACCAUCGACAUGGACGGCAAGACAGUGAAACUGCAGAUUUGGGACACAGCAGGUCAGGAGAGGUUUCGAACCAUCACCUCCAGCUACUACAGAGGAGCUCACGGCAUCAUCAUCGUCUACGACGUCACUGAGCAGGAGUCCUUUAACAAUGUGAAGCAGUGGCUGGACGAGAUAGAUCGUUACGCCUGUGAAAACGUCUCCAGGCUGCUGGUGGGGAACAAGUCUGACCUUGUUAGUAAGAAAGUGGUGGAUGUCGCAACUGCUCAGGACCUGGCCUCGUCUCUGAAGGUCCCCUUCCUGGAGACGAGUGCUAAGAGCUCUGAUAACGUGGAGAGGGCUUUCCUCACCAUGGCCUCUGAGAUCCACAAGCGCGUGGCCAGUGAUGGAGGGGGGAUGCAGGGCGAGUCGAAAGAGGCCAGGGCCCAGAGUGCCAAGAUCAACAGCGCCCCUCUGUGGCUGGGAGGUGAAAAACAGACGCAGGAGGCGAGUAACUGCUGCUGAGCAGGAGACGACACCACGAUGACAUGACCACACUGUUCAAAAGAGAGUCAUUUGAAACACUUUCAGGACUAUGUGAUUGCUUUGGACACACACAUUGUCAGAAAUUUUGACUUCUUUGCUAUUGAACUAAAAACAUCUAUGAAAAUAUGACUUUUCAGGAAGAACAAAACGUGUUUUUAGCUUGACGACAAUAUAUUUUGGAGCUUGGUAUUUUUGAAUUAAAUAUCUAAUGACAUUUCUGCUUUAUUAAGGAGCAGAGACAAACAGGACAGACUGUAGACAUAUUUGAAACUCAGCCAAAUGAACAACCUGGACACAGUGAGUUUGGGAAGAGUUUUAUAAAUACAUAAAUUACUAUUUAC